AUGUGGAGAGUAAUUAUGAAAGUGGUCAUGGUGGGAGUGUUGGUAACGGGAGUUGCAAUGGGAAAGAAUGACUGGAUUGACCACGAGAAAGACAAGAAGGGAUUUGAUCUCUUGUGCUCACUCUUCACGAAGGCAGAAAAGGGAGCGAAAGAAAAAAGUCACCUCGAUAAGCUAAAAGAAACCGAAGAUUAUCAGUGGUUUAAUAAAGAUGCCAGGGAUUCACCAGCUUUAAAAGCGGAGGUGGAUAAAGUUAAAGAGUUAGAAAACAAAGUGCAGAGCCAUGAAAGUGGCGCCAAGACAGCGUUUCGGAAAGCAGCCUAUGGGGAUAACAUUGAAGAAGAGGACGCGGACAAAACUUUUGGACACCAUACAGUAGGCAAUCCAUGCGACGAAACAAACCGAUGGUCAACGAUACCUAACAGUAUCAUCUGUAGUUGCAGCCCCACACAAGGUGCCACUGAAAGCUGCUUCGGUGGGAGCGAGAAUGCCCGAAAUCACGACGAUACCACGGCUGAACAGCGUCUACAGGCAUGGAAUGGAGUUAAGGGAAAAUGUACGAGUGCCAGCAGCAGUGCCGAGGUUACUGUCGAAGCUAUAGAAAAGGACUUGGAGGGUUUGAGGGGUUUGUAUUCAGACGACUCAAAAGGCCAAGAACCUCCACCGCCACCACCGCCACCUCCGUUCCCACCUGGCAGUCCACCAAUGCCUGAGGAGGAGCCUGAUAUAUUUACUUCUAAGCCGUGGGUUAAGAACUUGAAUGAGGCAACAGACCACAUGAAGGGAAGAGAUGAGGCUCUUCAAAAGUUGAGAGAGCAAGUCGAAAAGUUGAGGGGAACUUACGGUAAAGCGAAAAAUGAAGAGGAAGUAAAGGCAUUAAAGGAAUCUGGAGCUGGAGCUGAAGGUGCGCAACCCUCGAGAACAGCACCCCAAACUGCAGCACGAAAGGAUUCCGAUGCUCAACCCACACAAACACAAAAACAGAAUAUUGCAUCAUCCCCCUCACUCAAAAUUACGUUACUAUCAGUAUCCCUCUGUUUUAUCUGA